UACUCUAGGACUGUCACCGGCCAUUCUUGGGGGUUACAAGAGGAGCUGCGUCACCGGCUGCCGAGUGACAGCGCGCUGGGGGGAGAGCGACGCUACAGCGGCUCCACGGCGGAUGUAUACUACUCGUCCCCGCUAGAGGGGAACUGGGCUGUGUGUGUCAUGUCUUCCACUCACCCCCGAGUGAAGCGCAGCUCCGGUUCCCCACCGACCAACGGGUCCGGCGCCAGCCGCCUGCUCCAACCCAUCCGGGCUACAGUGCCCUACCAGCUCCUGCACGGCCCCAGCCGCUCCCCGUCAGCCUCGGUGGGGAGCAACACGGACCCGGGCCCCCACAGCCCCUCCAAUGGCACCCCGCCUUCCCCUCUCCUCCCCCAGCCCGAGCCGGCCGCUGCCAGGGUCCGCAGGAGGAGAAGCACCUCCCCGGACAGGAGGAGUGCCGGGUCCCCCGGGAGCAGAGUGGAAAGAUCAAAUUCACAACACCUAAGAGCAUCCCAUACAAUAAGAAGAACUUCUUCCUUGGAUACCAUAACUGGACAAUAUCUGACUGGACACUGGCCCCGAGAUCCCCACGUGCACUACACUUGUAUGAAUGAUAAAUCUACCCAGACACCUAGCUGCUGGGGCGAAGAAGGCACAGAGAAGAAAAGCACACAUCAACGCUCUGCUUCUUGGGGUAGUGCAGAUCAACUCAAAGAGAUUGCCAAGCUCCGUCAGCAGCUCCAGCGCACAAAGAACAGCAAUCGUCAUGUCAAAGAGAAAGAUGGUCAGCUGCCUCCUCUCCAGGGUAACCACGCCAGUCAUUCCCAGACUUCAGUAUCCAGAUCCAUCCCCAUGCCCACUGCGAGUAUCUCCGUUCCAAAAUCUGUAGGUUCAAGAACUCCAUGUAAUGUUGAAGGAAUAAGUCCUGAACUUGAAAAAGUCUUCAUUAAGGAAUCUAGUGAAAAAGAUGAUGGAAUAAAGUCCUCAGAAAUUCCCGAUGGACGUAGAGCACCAUUGCCUUCCACUUAUCGUAGCAGUAGCACUCGCAGCAUUGACACACAGACUCCCUCUGUCCAAGAGAGGAGCAGCAGUUGCAGCAGCAACCAUUCUCCUUGUGUUUCCCCUUCUUGUCCCCCGGGGUCACAGGAGGGAAGUCCAUGCUCAACAGAUGACUUGCUUUACGACCGUGACAAAGACAGUGGGAGUAGCUCACCGCUGCCCAAGUAUGCCUCAUCUCCCAAACCAAACAACAGCUACAUGUUCAAACGAGAGCCCCCAGAGGGAUGUGAACGAGUGAAGGUCUUUGAGGAAAUGUCGACACGUCAACCAGCCUCUCCCGCUCUCUUUUCAUGCCCCGACAAAAACAAGGUUAAUUUUAUUCCCACAGGAUCAGCUUUCUGCCCUGUGAAACUCUUAGGUCCCCUGUUGCCUGCUUCUGAUCUAACGCUCAAGAACCUUCCAAAUAAUGUUCAAAGCUCAGGUGUGAGCAGUGUGACCAUUGAACACCUUUCAUCUCAGGUCUCUUCCUCCUCUCUGUCAGAAAACGCCACCAGCAUAGACAACUGCGAGACCAAUGGCCGUGUAUCGUCCCAAGACCUACAGCUUGUGGUGGAACAGCUGACUGAAGAUCAGGUUUCAUCAUCUUCUCCUAAUCCUAACCAUGUACUUUAAUUCCUGACAGAGCAGGUCUCUGUUUCAACAAGCUGACUUGAAUCCAUGUUACAAAACUUUUGCAUGUGGAUUGGUAAACCCUAAUUAACAAAAAAAUAAUACUGCUUAGAGCAAAUUAUUCUAUAUGCCAAUGUUUAUCUUGGACCUUACUUUUUUUUUUUUUUUUUUGGUGGUUUUUCUUUUCUCUUGAGUAGUGAUAAUUUGUGCAAAACUCGCACCGGUAUUAUUUAAUCUAUUUCAGUGUGGACUAUGCAUUUCAAAGUAUGUCUGAACAGGUAAAUCUGCUUUCCGUGUGCUCAAACUUUACAGUAAUCAUAAGCUCUAUCAGCAAAUCAAAGCCUGUCUACGCCGAGAAUUGUCUUGCUGUGUUGUGUUCUAUGGAGAAUACUGUACUUCAGGAUUGUGUUUACAAUUGAGCUAGAUGUCUGACAUCUCUAGUCAGUUAGGUGAAUGAGUAGUCUGAUAUGGACUCCAUUACAGGCACCUCUGAUACUAAAGUGAUACAAAUAUGUAAUGCAAAAAUAAACUCAACGGCCACAUCAAUUGCACAGUGCCCGUCCUAAGGCCUAGCUUUCAGGUACUUCUUUCGAAGUUAUAAAACUCAGGUAACUUGGAAUGUAAACCACAUUGGAAUUAUCAAUCCUUACUGCUUAAAAGAAGCUCAAAAUUGAGUUGCGAGAUUCUAUUAUAUGCACAUAUUAUUUUUUUAUUUUUUUUUUCCCUUGCGGCAUUCCACCAUCUUGGAGUCCUAUCCAGGUGGAACGUUCUAGACACUGCUCAUCUAGAGGAACCAGCAAACCUUGUAAUUCAAAUGUCAUAGUUCUUUGUAUUUAUUUUCUUUCCAGAAUGGUCUUGAAGACUCUUGGCUACUGCAAAGUUCUAGUACAUGUACACACACUUUUCAGUGCUUGUCAGAUGUAUAAAGUUUCCUACAAGGGCCACUGGCUAUUUAUUUGGAUCUCCUGCUCAACCAAUGUUUCCUCUUUAAAUAGUGUAAAAAAGUCCCUUGUAAGCUGAAAACCAAGUUAAUGCCUAGUUUCUUUAGUGUUUCAUUUUUUUAAAUUUUUUUUUUAAAGCUGACUUGUACAGCUGUUUUUAUUUAAAUGUACUUUUCUUUUUUUUUUUUUUUUUUUUUUUUUUUUACAAAUUAGGCGUUUUGAUAAAUGGCACAAGCAAUACAAUGAACUCUUGCUAAUCAAAAUGUCACAAAAGCACCCUAGUGGUGGUCUCUAUUUUUAUAGUUCGUGCUGCGAUGUGUAAACUUUGCUACUGUCUGAUAAUACAUACCCUGUUCUGUACAUGUUUGUUUUAUUCUGUCAGUGUUGGUUCAUUAUGGCUAUGCCAUGACCCGUACCAAAUUUCUGAGAAUUGGCAUUAAUUGCAGUUGUCAAUGUACAGAAUAAUUGAUCCCAUUCACACAAUAUUUAGUUUGUGAUAUAUGCACAGUGAUCUAUCUCCCUGUAAAAUGUUGCCUUGCCCAUUAUGUGUGUUUUAUAUUUUAUUUCACUGUCGCACAUUGUUUGACUAGAAAUUACAGCGUAUGAUCCUAGGUGGAGAAUAAAAUAUUUAAUUUUUUUUUUUCUAUUUAUAUUUUUAUAAGUCUUUAGGCGAAAGUAGCAAAUUAUUCUUUUUCUUUGUGUGUUUCUACUUUGCUAAAGCCAGUUCAUACAGUAUUUAGAAACACUGCAGAAAAUGGCACUAAUUGCAACAUAUCUCAGGUCUGUGUAAGAAAUAAAAUAAAAACCUUUAAAUUAAUCACACGAUAACUGUGGAUAGAUACGUGGAAAUAUUGAAGUACAACUCUGGUUAUAUUUUUUUCAUGUUGAGAUUCAGUACAGUAUUCCCAAUACUUACAUUUUGAUUCCUAGAAUUGUACCAUGACCGAUUAAGGGUUAAAAUGACAUUCCUACAUAUUCUGAAACGAUUACAUUGAUAAAUUGUCCUCCUUUUCUAUGUGAAACUAGAUAUAAAAUGUAUCUGUGCACAUUUUCUUGUCUGCUUAUUCUGUGUGAUCAAUCAAGGUUGUAGAAGGAAACAAAUCCAAACACUCUGUAAAAGUUCUAGAACCUUAGCUUCAGUGUAUUCAGGAAAAAAGUAGACAUUUUGUUAAAUAUCGAUUAAAGAUUUGUACAUAAUUACUGUUAUUUCUAGCCAAUGUGCUGAACAGUAUUCCAGUUACCACACAACAUUGCUUCAGAGAAAAGACCUGUGUGGCUUUUGUUUUGUAUUUUUUCAGUAUAGAAGUUCUUGUGUCUUUAUUUAAAUAAAGUUAUUAGUAAAAUGCAAA